AUGUCGGACCCCCAGGCGAACGAGGCCGAGAAGAACAUCGAGAUAUGGAAGGUCAAGAAGCUGAUCAAGCGCCUCGAGGCCGCUCGUGGUAACGGCACUUCCAUGAUCUCGCUCAUCAUUCCUCCCAAGGAUCAGAUUUCCCGAGCCGCCAAGAUGUUGGCUGAAGAAUACGGAACUGCGUCAAACAUCAAGUCCAGAGUCAACAGACAGUCCGUGCUUUCAGCCAUUACCUCGACCCAGCAGCGUCUUAAGCUGUACAAUAAGGUCCCUCCUAACGGCUUGGUUGUCUACUGUGGUGAAAUCUUGACCCAGGAAGGCAAGGAGAGAAAGGUCAACAUCGACUUUGAGCCUUUCAAGCCCAUCAACACCUCCCUUUACCUCUGUGACAACAAGUUCCACACAGAGGCUUUGGCCGAGCUUCUCGAGUCGGAUCAGAAGUUUGGUUUCAUUAUUAUGGACGGUAACGGAGCCCUUUUCGGAACCCUUUCCGGAAACACCAGAGAAGUUGUUCACAAGUUCUCUGUCGAUCUUCCCAAGAAGCACGGUCGUGGUGGUCAAUCCGCUCUUCGUUUCGCCCGUCUUCGUGAGGAGAAGCGUCACAACUAUGUCCGCAAGGUUGCCGAGUUGGCCGUCCAGAACUUCAUUACCAAUGACAAGCCCAACGUCGCUGGUCUGAUUUUGGCUGGUUCUGCCGAUUUCAAGACUGAUCUCAACGCCUCCGACUUGUUCGAUAACCGUCUGGCCACCAAGGUCAUCAAGGUUGUUGACGUUUCCUAUGGUGGUGAGAACGGUUUCAACCAGGCUAUCGAGCUUUCUUCCGAGACCCUCGGCAACGUCAAGUUCAUCCAGGAGAAGAAGCUCAUCGGAAAGUACUUCGAGGAGAUCAGCCAGGACACCGGUCGUGUCUGCUACGGUAUUGAGGAUACCCUCAAGGCUCUGGAGUUGGGCGCUGUGGAGGUUCUGAUCGUCUUCGAGAACUUGGAGAUCACCCGCUGGAAGCUCAAGGACAGCCAGGGCACCGAGCACCUGCUGCACACUACAAAGCAGCAGGAAACCGGUGACCGUGCCAUUUUCAUGGACAAGGAGACUGGCCAGGAGAUGGAAGUCGUUACCCAAGAAUCCUUCCUUGAGUGGAUUGCAGAGCACUACAAGGACUUUGGUACCAACCUCGAGUUCGUCUCUGACCGUUCCACCGAGGGCAACCAGUUCGUCAAGGGCUUUGGUGGUAUCGGUGGCAUUCUCCGCUACAAGGUGAACUUCGAGCAGUUGGCUGAGGUUGAUGACGACGAUGACUACUACGACGGUUUGUGA